UGAAGGUCCAUUACCAAGUUGUAUGUACUUACAUGUGUUUUUUUUUUUUAGGUGUGGCAUUUUAAUCCAAUCCAAUUCAACCUGCCAUCACUACCACAAGCCCUAUAUUCAUUCAUUCUUUAGUCUUUGACGACUUCAUCAAAAUGUCAACAUCACAAGCAGCUCUCAGCGCCGCGGCCGACGACCGCAAGGCGCGGCUCGCCAAGCUCAAGUCCCUAAAGCGCAAGCAACCCGCCGACGAGAUCGCACCCCCCGAAUCAGACCGCCUCGCCUCUCCCUCCGCAACCCCAGCUCCAGAACCCUCCGCAGAAACCGAAGUAGAAUCCAUCGCCCGCCUGCACCUAUCCGGGCGGAACUACGACGCCGAGACCAAAGGUCCCAAACUCGGGUUCGAGGCUCCGCCCACACUCACCAUGGAAGGUCCGACACUCGAGGAGCAAGCAGCGGAGAUGGAAGCCGAGAUCAAGCGCAAAGCCGCGGAGGACGCGAAGGACGACAAGGGGAUCGACCUGUUCAAGCUGCAGCCCAAGAAGCCGAACUGGGACCUCAAGCGCGACCUCGACAAGAAGCUGGAGGUGCUGAACGUGCGCACGGACAACGCGAUCGCGAAGCUGGUUCGGGAGCGCAUCACGGGCGCGCAGGCGGCGGCUGCGAAGAAGACGGCUAAGCCGAUUGCGGAGAAUGAGAACGAUGACGAGGGGGGGAGGGUGGAGGCGGCGGGUAUGGAUGGCGUGGCGCUGGUGGAAGGGCUAAGGGUGAGGGAAAGGGAGGAGGAGGAAGAGGAGCGGAAAGAGCGCGAGGAGGAGGAGGAAGAUGCUAUAUAAAAUAAAACAAUCUCAAUCAGGACCUCGAGGGAAGAAUCGUUUGCAUGGCUACGGCGUUUUGGUUUAUUCAUGGACUUGGCAAAAAAGAUGGAUUUAUAAUAAUGCCUAGGUAUUCAGGUACUACCAUACAAGUAGUC